GUGGGGAAGAGCGAAAGAGAGAAAGAGCUGCAGCGGAAGGAAGAGAGAGAGUGAGAGUGAGAUCGGGUAGCCAGAGGGGGAGGACAAGGUGUGCUUCCAGCUUAGCCCGGGAAGAGAGUGCAGGAGGGAAACUCGGGACCUGGUAGGGCCAGGUGCGCUGGCUAGAAGGAUGCCCGGGGCCGGAGAAUCCCUGUGAGCAGGAAAGGGGCGCGGCGGGACUGGCAGGCUGCUCCUCCCCCCGGAGGCUGCGCUGCGCUGUCCUGCCGGGGGCGGGUCGGGGGCAGCGGAGCUCCCGGCAUGUCGCAAGGGCUCUCAGCCACCGGCAGCGUCCUGCAGAGAAGCCUCUCAGCCCGCGGGAACCAGCCACAGCCGCAGAGCCCCGAGGAUGAUGAUCGGAAGGUCCGUAGAAGGGAAAAAAACAGAGUUGCUGCUCAGAGAAGUAGGAAGAAGCAGACCCAAAAGGCUGAUAAACUUCAUGAGGAAUAUGAAUGUUUGGAGCAAGAAAAUACCUCCCUUCGGAGAGAGAUUGGGAAGCUGACAGAAGAGCUGAAGCAUUUAAGUGAUGUGUUAAAGGACCAUGAAAAGGUGUGUCCCCUGCUUCACUGUUCUAUGAACUUUGUACCUGUGGCUCGACCAGACCCCAUCACCAACUGCCUGCCCAGAUGAGACCCAAGAACUGUCCCUGACACAGAGUGAGAGAGGAGGCCUGGAUGUUUUCAACCAGAAUGAGAGGCUUUCCAAAUGAUACCUUUAUGCACAAGGCACUAUGACUAGAACUCUUUACCCAUGAGGUGCUGAUGAAAUCUUGACCUGUCUCCAAAAGCUCUAAAUACUUGAGCAGAUUUUCUUUAGUUCUCCUUUUUUGUCUACUUUGGCAUUUUGUAGCUUUUAACUAUCAUUCAAAUAUUAGAAACCUUUUCCCCAUUCUCUUUAGAAUUUUGUUAAUAAAAAUGAUUUUUAUCUCUUCCUCAA